AUGACCCGAAUACUGGACUUUUUUAUCACAGCGAAUCGGAGACUUAUUACAUAUUUAACGACGACACUCCAGCAAUAUGAGGUUUAUAAGUGCAUGCGAAAAACCCAGUGGACAUCUCGCUCAAAUAAAAAGAAAGCAAAGAAGUUGUUUGCCGGGGCGCUCGACCGAUUAGAUCAGGAUGCUGUCGAUGUUUGUGAGGUCGUGUUCGAUCUCACGUCAAAGCUUAGCCUGGAAGACGGAGACGAUGGAGAGUGUGGGCCUGGCACGCAUUCAACUCCGUCUUCUUCGAGAAAGGACCACUGCGAUGCAGAAAUGGCCUCAUUGGAUUACUUUGAUGAAGCUACAGGCGAAAUCAUUUCUGUGCCACAAGGAAAUGGCCAAAUCAAAGGCAACAAAGAAAGAAGAAAGGAAAGGCGGCGAAGGGCACGAGAAGACUUAAAAAACGGUGUCGGAGAUGCCAAAAUUUUGAGUGAAGAUUAUUGCGAGAGCACUAGCGAAGAAGAGGAUGAACGGAUACAAAUGCGGGAAGAUGAAAGGUUUUCACAGCCUCCAUUGCUACGGAUCAUGGAUUCCAAGAAUAAUCUCCACGUUGUCACUAUUUGUGGUGGAGUCGUAGGAAGACAGUCCGGAUGUGAUAUUGUUAUCGAUGAUCCAUCUAUCUUCGAGGAAACUGCUCGAAUUUGUGUUUGUUCCGGAAAGUAA